AUGUGGUUUAUAACUCGUGAGCAUGAGUUCCUCAAGGAGAUCGAAAUCGGCCCUACAAACCUCAGCUGCUACGUCAAUGGGGCGUGGAAGGCUAGUGGACCUACGGUCUCCACUGUAAAUCCGGCCAACAAUGAGACCAUAGCCGAAGUUGUUGAAGCUUCAAUUGAAGAUUAUGAAGAAGGCAUGCAGGCUUGUAACGAAGCAGCAAAGCUGUGGAUGCAGAUUCCAGCACCAAAAAGAGGUGAUAUUGUUAGGCAGAUUGGUGAUGCACUUAGAGCAAAACUUCACUACUUUGGCUGACUUGUUUCACUUGAAAUGGGGAAAAU